GAUUGUUGCCGCCUUAGCAGUUAUUGUUACCGGAGUAUUUGUGAAGGCACCUGAGUGUCCAUCCUCAGGCACAGUCAUGCUGCCUCAUCCGAAGGAAUAUAGCCUAUAUUACAUUUGUCAGGACGGCAAGAGCACAAUUUACAAGUGUCCCGAUGGUCUGCAUUUCAAUAACAUUAUUAAGCAGUGCGAUUGGCAGCUGCGUCUGCUCGCAGGACGUUUCCCCCGAAUGAACCCAGAGACUGAACCAGAUAUAUCCGAGGAAAAGGCUGAUAAGUCUAAUUGCAUCGGUACAUGUCCAAUUUUGUAUCCUAAGGAUAAAACGAUACGUCUGCCGUACAGAGGUAACUGUAACAAAUAUUGCUUAUGCAGCAACGGCACGCCUAUCGUUUUGUCCUGCCCACCCGGCUUACAUUUCGAAGCAGAGCUAGUUUGCAUCUGGCCAUGGCUAGCCAAUUGCGCAGAUAAGCAAGAUAUAAUAAUUGGUAGAUAAGC